AAAAAAGAAGCAGAAUGAUGUUUACAUUCUGAAUGACAACUUUUGACAUUUAAAAUAAGAUUUAUAUUUAUUUUUAUUAUUAUAGUGGAUGAUAUGUAUAUUUAGGUGAUAGUAAUAGAAUGUAACUUCAUUAUCAAUUGAUACUAGUAUAUAAAACUUUUGGGCAGGUUAGGACGUAACAAAUAUCCAAAAUGACUUCAAUGUUUGAUCAGUUUGAACAGGCAUCCCUUAAAACUAAAAGUAAUAUUAGCACUGCCGAAAUGUGUACGCUAGGAUUCAUAAAUAUGUCUUUAGAACAAGAGGUUCCAAUAUUCAUGAAAAGCAAAAAAGAUUUCAUACCAUCAGAUAGAAUCACACAUGUAGCAAUUGCCAAUAAAAAUUUAGCAAUGGUGAUGGCAAACAACGUUUUAUUCAGGAUGAAUUUGAACAAUCCUCAACAAUACACUGAAAUAUCACUUUCAAAAUAUACAAGUACAUGCAGAUUAACCAAUCUAUUUUUGGACCCAACUGGCAACCAUUUGUUACUUACGUUUGCCCAAAAACCUUCAGAAGGUGGUCCCGAACUGCUGUAUCUUUCUAAGAAAUCUGAUAAAUUGAGAUCUACCACAAAAUUUCGAGGUAAUGAGUUCACAGAAGUUGCCUGGAAUACAGAAAAUGAUUCUUGUACUACAACAGGUCCUAUUCUGUUAGGUACAUCAAAGGGACUCAUUUUUGAGACCGAAAUUGUUUUGGAAGGCGACAAAUUCUUCACUUCAAGUUUUUCUUCUAGUCUGGAACAAUACUGGAGGCAGCUGCCAAAUUAUUUACCUUUAUAUGGAAACAAGGAAGCAGAUGGACUGGUUUUUGAUAUUGGGAAAGGAACUAAUACUCCCAUAACUGGUUUGGAAUACUACAGAAUUCCUAGUACAGAUAAGUAUGUCAUAAUUGCCGCUACACCAUCCAGACUCUAUUUUUUUUCUGGUGGUGCAAAUAUAGAAGAAAAGCCUGUCCUGCAGCAAGUUUUCAAUAAGUAUCUGAACAUUCCAGAACACGAAACAUUCAUAGAAUGUGCUAGUAAUUUAAGGUAUUCAAAAUUGCAGUUUUGGUCAGAAAAUUUGAUCACUCCAAAUGCAUUUGCUUGGAUUUCUGAGAAAGGAAUAUCUUAUAGUCAGUUCGACUUGCUAACGGAUGAUAUAAAAACUAUCAAGUCAAAAAUAAACUUGAUAGCUUAUCCCAAACCACUUUAUGAGGAUUAUUCGGUUUCCCAAAAGUACCCUAUAGCAAUUGCUUUAACGCAGUUCCAUAUUCUACUUGCUUAUUCUGAUUCUAUAAAAGGCAUUUGCUUAUUAAAUCAAGAGGUCGUGUAUGAAGACAACUACAACGAAGCUUUUGGAAAAUUAGUAAAUAUCGUGAAAGAUGUGCAAACAGGAGAGAUUUGGGCUGUAACUGAAAAUGCAGUAUUUCGUUUCAAAAUCACCAAAGAAGAAAGAAAUGUUUGGCAAAUAUUCUGCAAUAAAGGAGAAUUUGAUCUUGCCAAAAAGUAUUCUAGGAGCAACGAGGCUUGUUAUAAUCACGUGUUGAUAAAAGAAGCUGAUAUGCUUUUCAACGAAAAGAAGUACAUACUCAGUGCACAGAGAUAUGCGGAAACACAAUCCAGCUUUGAAGAAAUAUGUUUGAAAUUUAUCCAAGCAGAUCAACAGGAUGCACUGAAGUUAUUCUUGAGGAGCAAAUUGGAUACCCUGAAACCUCAAGAUAAAACUCAGAUAACGAUGAUUGUAUUGUGGGUGUUGGAGCUUUAUUUAUCGAAAUUGGAAGAACAUAGAUUACAAGGACUUGAGCAGAGUGCUAAAUACUCUGAUGUUCAAAAAGAAUUUGAGGCAUUUUUGGCUUUGGAUGAAGUCUCCGAUUGUUUGAGAAAUAACAAGAAUACAAUUUAUGACCUAAUGGCGAGUCAUGGGGAUAAGGCUAACCUAAUGAAGCUGACCAUAGUGAAUAAGGAUUUUGAACAGUUAAUAAGGCAACAUAUAUUCAAAAACAGUUUCCGAGAAGCAUUGGAUGUUCUCAAAAGUCAAAACAAUAAUGAACUGUAUUACCAGUUUGCUCCCAUAUUGAUUCAAGAGGAUCCCAAACACAUGGUAAAAGCUAUCAUUGAGCAAGGGAGAAAAUUAUCACCGCUCAAGCUUCUUCCCGCAAUGGUAACUUGCAGUGGAGAAUUACAUGCAUUCGAAGUCAUCAAAUACUUAGAAUUCUGCAUAGAGAAAAUGAGAAAUACCGACAAAGCUAUUCAUAACUUUUUGUUAUCGCUUUAUGCCAAAUAUGACUCAGAAAAGCUCAUGAAUUAUUUAAAUUCGCAGGGACAAGAAAUCAGUAUGGUUAACUAUGAUGUUCAUUUCGCAUUGAGGUUAUGCCAUGAAAAUAAUCAGAAGAGAGCUUGUGUACAAUUAUUUGGGCUUUUGGGAUUAUGGGAAUCUGCAGUGGAUUUGGCUCUCACAGUGGAGUUAGAUCUAGCAAAGAAAGUGGCAAAUAUGUCACCUGAAGAUGAUUUGGAACUAAGAAAAAAACUGUGGCUGAAAAUAGCACAUAAUGUUGUUAAAGACAAGGAUAAUAUUGAAGAAGCAAUGCACUUUUUGCGACAAUGUGAUUUAAUUAAAAUUGAAGACAUUCUACCAUUCUUCCCAGAUUUUGUAACAAUAGACCAUUUCAAGGAUGCUAUUUGUAAUUCAUUGAAAGAAUAUAACCAGAAUAUUCAAAAUAUAAAAGAUGAAAUGGAAGAAGCAACAAAGUCUGCAGAACAAGUGCGCGAUGAAAUACAAUCAUUUAGGAAUCAUUUCACGUUGAUAAAUAAUACAGAUGCUUGUGAAAUAUGCAACAUUACUUUGAUGAUAAAACCAUUCUAUAUGUUUCCAUGCCACCACAAAUUCCAUUCUGAUUGCUUGUUGAGUGAGCUGUCGCCAUUCUUAGGUCCUGCCAAGAAAAAUAGGUUGUCGGACUUGGAGAGGCAGUUGAAGAUUCUGAAUAAUCAAUCAAAUGCAGACAGCAUAAGUACUGGCUCUACGGGAAUGUCUGCCAAGGAUUUGGUCAAAUCAGAAAUUGACAACAUUCUAGGCUCUGAAUGUGUGUAUUGCGGAGAGAAUAUGAUUAGAAACAUCGACAAACCCUUCAUAGAAGAUUACGAACAUGAGAAUAUUAUGAGAGAAUGGGAAUAGUCAACACAUAUUCAAUAAAACAAAUUAUACUAUACAUUUUUUUUACUUAUACUCAACAUAAAAUAAAUGAUACUGUUCAUUUUCAAAACAAUUGAGUACAAAACUUGAAUAUUUACAAUAUCAAGAUACAAUAGGCAACUUCUCCAUUACUCUUUAAACAGUAACAAUUUCAAGUCGACAUAAUUUUUGUAAAAUAUUCCAGAUAAAUAUACAUAAAAAUUCAUAAAAUAUAAAUAAAUCAUAAAAACAAAGCACCGAUAAUAAAAUUUUAUUGUUAAGAAAUCAAUGUUUUUGGAUUUUUGUUCAAUUUUAAUUUUGAACUUGAUGGGUUCAAGUUUCCUUAAUGUACUUCAAAUAAAUUCACAAGACAAGAAUUUCUCUACUGGUAUUUUUUAGAAAAAAGAUUCAAAAGCAUUGAUUUUUCCACACGAAGAUCACAUCACAAAUGUACUAAAAUUACUGCUAAAAAUAAAAUUGUUUACAAUUACUAUGUACAAAUGGACUUUUUCCUUGGUGUAUAAUGUAUCAGUAACAUUCUUGUAUAAAUACUUUCAACAUAUUA